UGUUUCGUAUCGGUGCAGAACAGAAAGGAAAAAGAGGCCAUUCGCAGGUUCGGUCUUAUGAUCAUCACAGACCUCAGCUUUCUCUGUAUCGUAAGCGAACGCAUAGUUUAGGCUCUGCGAUUUGGAAAUCUGAUUUCGAUUGCACUCGAUUUUCGUGGAUUCAUAGCUGAUUGGAUGUGACCGUUUGAGUUUUCUUCAGAAUAAUUCUAUUUGAGCAUGGCAAUGAAGUUGUAGAAGAUAAUCUAUACGCAAACAGAUGCUCAGAAUUCAACAAUGAAGCGUUAUGUCUACAUUGAUGAUGAUGAAUCAUCUCAUGAUAUUUACUGUGAUAAUCGUAUAUCAAACAGAAAAUAUACUGUAUUAAACUUUCUUCCAAAAAAUUUAUGGGAACAGUUCAGCCGGUUCAUGAAUCAGUACUUUUUGCUGAUAGCUUGCCUGCAGUUAUGGCCUCUCAUUACUCCAGUAAAUCCUGUCAGUACAUGGGGUCCUCUUAUCUUUAUUUUUGCUGUCUCUGCAUCAAAAGAGGCGUGGGAUGAUUACAAUAGAUAUCUUUCAGACAAGAAAGCAAAUGAGAAGGAAGUCUGGGUUGUCAAGAAGGGCAUCAAGAAACAUAUCCAAGCCCAGGAUGUUCAUGUAGGUAACAUAGUAUGGCUACGUGAAAAUGAUGAAGUGCCUUGUGACCUUGUUUUGAUUGGCACCUCUGAUCCUCAAGGAGUUUGCUAUAUAGAGACAGCUGCGCUGGAUGGUGAAACUGAUCUAAAGACACGGGUCAUACCUUCUGCUUGCAUGGGAAUCGAUGUUGAUCUAUUGCACAAAAUUAAGGGUGUAAUUGAGUGUCCCUAUCCAGAUAAAGACAUCAGGAGAUUUGAUGCAAACAUGCGGCUGUUUCCCCCAUUUAUUGAUAAUGAUAUAUGCCCUUUAACCAUUAAAAACACCAUUCUUCAGUCAUGUUACUUGAGAAACACUGAGUGGGCAUGUGGAGUGGCUGUGUAUACAGGCAAUGAAACCAAAAUGGGCAUGUGUAGAGGUAUACCAGAACCAAAGCUCACUGCUAUGGAUGCUAUGAUUGACAAGUUGACUGGUGCUAUAUUUAUAUUCCAAAUUGUUGUUGUUCUGGUUCUUGGGAUAGCGGGUAAUGUUUGGAAGGAUACAGAAGCUAAGAAGCUAUGGUAUGUUCUUUACCCUCAUGAAGGUCCCUGGUAUGAACUGUUGGUCAUCCCUUUGCGAUUCGAGCUUCUUUGUUCCAUCAUGAUACCCAUUUCAAUUAAGGUUUCGCUGGAUUUGGUGAAGAGCUUGUAUGCAAAAUUUAUUGACUGGGACCAUCAAAUGAUUGACCUAGAGACUAGUAUUCCAUCCCAUGCAACGAAUACAGCGAUAAGUGAGGACCUGGGACAAGUUGAGUACAUUUUGACUGACAAAACAGGCACCCUCACAGAGAAUAAGAUGAUAUUUAGAAGAUGUUGUAUUAGUGGCAAUUUCUAUGGAAAUGAGAAUGGAGAUGCAUUGAAAGAUGUAGAGCUUCUCAAUGCUGUUUCCAGUGGUUCUUCUGACGUUGUACGAUUUCUUACAGUUAUGGCAAUAUGUAAUACCGUCAUACCUACACAAAGCAAAACUGGAGAUAUCUUGUAUAAGGCACAGUCUCAGGAUGAGGAUGCCCUUGUCCAUGCUGCUUCUCGAUUGCAUAUGGUUUACUUUAAUAAGAGUGGAAAUAUUCUUGAAGUCAAGUUCAGCACUUCAAUACUUCAGUAUGAAGUCCUGGAAACCUUAGAGUUUACCUCUGAUAGGAAAAGAAUGUCAGUAGUGUUAAAAGAUUGCCAAAAUGGAAAGAUCCUUCUCUUGUCAAAAGGAGCAGAUGAGGCUAUUCUUCCAUAUGCCCGUGCUGGGCAGCAGACCCGACAUUUCAUUGAAGCUGUGGAGCAAUAUGCUCACUUGGGAUUACGUACAUUAUGUUUGGCUUGGCGUGAGUUAAAGAGAGAUGAAUAUCGAGAAUGGUCUUUGAUGUUUAAAGAGGCCAGUAGCACUUUGGUUGAUAGGGAGUGGAGAGUAGCUGAGGUCUGUCAACGAGUAGAACAUGACUUGGAAAUUCUUGGUGUAACAGCAAUAGAGGAUCGUUUACAGGAUGGAGUGCCUGAAACGAUAGAAACACUAAGAAAAGCUGGAAUAAAUUUUUGGAUGCUAACUGGAGACAAGCAGAAUACUGCAAUACAAAUUGCUCUGUCGUGUAAUUUUAUUUCACCAGAACCAAAGGGACAGCUUCUAUCAAUUGAUGGCAAAACAGAGGAGGAGGUUUGUAGGAGUUUAGAGAGAGUGCUCCGUACUAUGCGGAUAACUACCUCAGAACCCAAGGAUGUGGCUUUUGUUGUUGAUGGCUGGGCACUUGAGAUUGCACUUACCCACUAUCGUAAAGCUUUCACUGAGCUGGCAGUUUUGUCAAGGACUGCUAUAUGUUGUCGUGUGACACCAUCACAAAAAGCACAGCUUGUACAGAUCUUAAAAUCAUGUGAUUAUAGAACAUUGGCUAUUGGUGAUGGUGGGAAUGAUGUAAGGAUGAUACAGCAAGCUGAUAUUGGUGUGGGCAUCAGUGGCAGGGAAGGAUUACAGGCAGCAAGAGCAGCUGAUUAUAGUAUUGGAAAGUUUAGAUUCCUGAAGAGAUUAAUUCUGGUCCAUGGCCGCUACUCCUACAACCGUACAGCAUUUCUUUCUCAAUAUUCAUUCUAUAAGUCCCUACUGAUAUGCUUCAUCCAAAUCUUUUUUUCAUUUAUUUCAGGUGUCUCUGGAACUAGCCUCUUCAAUUCUGUUAGCUUGAUGGCUUAUAAUGUUUUCUAUACUAGUGUUCCUGUUCUAGUUAGUGUGCUUGACAAAGAUCUUAGUGAGGAAACUGUGAUGCAGCAUCCUCAAAUUUUAUUUUACUGCCAAGCAGGAAGGCUUCUAAAUCCUAGUACAUUUGCUGGAUGGUUUGGGCGAUCUCUCUUCCAUGCAAUAGUUGUAUUUGUGAUAAGCAUACAUGCCUACGCUUUUGAUAAAAGUGAAAUGGAGGAGGUUUCAAUGGUUGCACUUUCCGGGUGUAUAUGGUUGCAGGCUUUUGUAGUAACAAUGGAGACCAAUUCCUUUACUAUAUUGCAACAUAUGGCUAUAUGGGGUAAUUUGGCUGCCUUUUAUGUCAUCAACUGGAUCUUCAGCACGCUUCCUUCAUCAGGGAUGUAUACAAUUAUGUUUCGGUUGUGUCGACAACCGUCAUAUUGGAUAGCAAUUUUUCUCAUGGUUGCAGCGGGGAUGGGUCCAAUUCUAGCCAUCAAGUACUUCCGAUAUACAUAUAGACCGAGCAAAAUCAAUACACUUCAGCAAGCUGAACGUCUGGGUGGGCCUAUUUUGUCUCUUGGCACCAUUGAGCCUCAGCCGAGAUCUAUAGAGAAAGAUGUUUCUACCUUGUCAAUAACACAACCCAAAAACAGAAAUCCUGUGUAUGAACCUCUGUUAUCAGAUUCUCCAAAUGCCUCCAGAAGAUCUUUUGGAGCAGGAACACCAUUUGAUUUUUUCCAGUCACAAUCAAGAUUAUCAGUGUCGUCUAGCUACACACGAAAUUGCAAGGACAACUGAGAUUAAGGAGCAAUUGGAAGAGCUCCAGAUGCCGCAUCUUAGUUGUAUAUCCCGUUUUAUCAAAACUAACAAAGUACAAUGUUAAUUCCGUGUAUACUAAUGUUAUUUAAAGUGCCAUUAGAUAACUGGUUAUACAAAAAGGCAAUAGGAAAUGAAUUUUCACGAUUUUAUGUAGAUUAUCUGAUUAACUUGAUAUUAUUUUUGUUUUCCAACUUCUGGUAGGAGACAUUUGAUUUUUUUCCCCUUUGCAACACCUUCACCUUAUAAUGUUCUCCACUUAGGGUUAUAUUGCAUUUAUUGAAGAGUAAUA